UGUCAGUUCAUGAAUUCAAUUCAAUGUUUUUCUUCUUUCUUUCAAGAGACUCAUUAUUGCUCGGAGCUGUUUGGCUAUGGCGGAUCAAUGGAAUCACACUGCUCUUCUCGUCAUUGACAUGCAGAAGGAUUUCAUCGAUGAAGGCUCCCCGUUCGCUAUACCAGGAGCCCGCGCCAUACUCCCAAGCGUGUAUCGGGCUGUCGAGAUUGCAAGAAAGCGGGGCGUGUUCGUUAUCUGGGUUGUCCGAGAGCACGAUCCUGAAGGACGAGAUGUGGAACGGUUUCGGCGCCAUUACUAUGGCAAUGGGAAGCUGAAGCCAGCUGCAAAGGGAAGCAGAGGGGCAGAGCUUGUAGAAGGCCUUGAAAUGAAAGAAGGAGAAUAUAAGUUGGUGAAAACAAGGUUUAGUGCCUUUUUUGAUACUAACUUGCAUUCCCUUCUGCAGGGCGUGGGUAUCACUCAUUUGGUUGUUGCUGGUGUUCAAACGCCAAACUGUAUCAGACAGACAGUUUUUGAUGCUGUGUCUUUGGAUUACCAUUCAAUCACUCUUCUUAGUGAUGCAACGGCAGCUGCCACUCCCAAAAUCCAUCAGGAUAAUAUCACUGACAUCAAAAAUGUGGGCGUUGUGGCCUCAAAAGUUGAUGAAUGGGGCCACUCUGAUGCUUGAACAGCCCCCCUCUGCCAUGGUUCGAUCUCCCGACCACUCAACGUUACAACGUGCAUCUCGUUUUCUUUUAUCGGUGUGUAAAAUUUAAAUAAUCGAAACACUCCCUAUGUUGUUGGACUUUCUUCGUGAAUGAUGAACGAAUCAGUUACCCUUUUUAAUUUAAAAAAAAUCGGAAGCGUUUGAUAUAAA